AUGAAGGAAGAGCACUUGUGAUGAAAAAUAAUAAAACAAGCUGGGGAUCAAAAUGCGAAUCUAAAAGAUUUAUUAAAAGUUUCAAAUGGCGCUAAAAUAAAGACCUUAAAUCGCAGAUGGGAUAAAAGCAAAACAAUUUUUGAAGACAAUCAAGAGUAUGGCAAAGUGCUUUAUAAAGCUUGUAAAAUUUGUGUAAUAUUGAACAAAAGGAAUUUGAAUUUAAAGCAUUGCAUUUCAGCUCUUAAAGCUGCAACUCAUCUGCUUUGUUAUUCUGAAAAUGCAGUUCAAGAGGCUAUAGAGGAAUUGAUAAAUUGCUUCGAAGAAAAUAUACAAAAUUGUAAAAAACUAAGUGAUGCUCUAGAUUGCUGAAGAAUAAUAAAAAGAAUUAAUUCUAAUAUCAAUGGUCCUUCGGAAAAGUCUCUGAGGACCCAAGUAGAAGAGAUAUUAUUUUCGAUUGCAAGAGAAAAUGAUAUAAUUAAGCUUAAGGAAAAUUUUGAAUUUGUUAUAAAACUUAAUCAAGAAGAAAAAGUUGAAUUAAAGUCAAUAAUCGAUUUUAUUGUCAGCGUCUCAUUAGAAUGAAUUGAAACUGAGAAAGAAAAUGCGAAAUUUUGCGACGAAGAAACUCUUAUUGAGUUUGAAAAUAAUUUCAAAAAGCUUGAAGAGUUUAUUGCAGCAAUAAGAGAGGAAAAACAAAAAAGUUUAGAUAAGCUAGAUAAUACAACUCAUGAUUUUCAGUUAAAAACUGUUGAUGAAAAUGAUAAGGAGAAUAGUGGUAGCACAUUUCCUAAAGAUAUUGAUGAAAAUAGGAUAGCAUUUAAUAGAAUUACAUUUACUGAAUCAAUAUCUUCUGCUUCAGAGUCUAAAGAAGAGCAAUCAAGUAUUUCAAUUUAUAAAGGCAUGCUAGACAGAUCCAUACCAAUCUGUGUCAAAAUCUAUUAUCAUAACCGCAAUGAGUAUCCAGUUUUAUUUUUAAAGGAAUUAGAUCUAAUAAGAAAUUUGUCUGAAACAAACCAAUGUUUUUUGAAAUACGAAGGCUGAUUUCAUGAGCUUUUAGAAUUUAAAGGUUCUGCAAAUGUUCCUGCUUUUGCCAUUGUUACAGAAGGAUUUACUUAUACAUUAAUGGACGAAAUUGUUAAUUGUAGUAGCCAAAAUCAAAAAUAUACAUAUCAAGAAUAUCAAAGAAUCGUUAUUUGUCUCUUAGAAGCAUUUGCUUUGUUGGAAUCUAGAGGAAUAAUGCAUAACAAUAUAAAGCCGGAUAAUAUACUAAUAACUGAAAAUCGAACGCUAAAAAUAGUAGAAUUCAAUUUUUUAGAUGCUUUUUUAAUGAAUAGCCAUGCUCUAUACUCAAACAAUGCUGAUUAUUUAUGAAAAGACGAAUAUCUAGCUCCAGAAAUUAUUAAAAUUCAUAAAGGCAUUGCUAAUGGAACAAGCAUAGAUAUUAAAAAAUGUGAUGUAUAUUCGCUGGGAUUAGUUUUUUUGCAGAUGUACUCUCUACUGCCGAUAGCUGAGCUAAACACAGAGCCGUUUUGGAGUGAAAUAGACUGCUAUGUAUCAUCUUUUAAGCCAGGGAACGUAGCAAAUUUAUUGAAGAAAAUGCUUGCUGAAAAUAGUAACGAAAGGGCUAGUUUUAAAGAAAGUUUAGAAAUCUUUAGAAGCUAA